AUGUCCUUGCGGACUUCUUCCGCCUCCUCGCGCCUGUGCUUCUGGCCUGGCAGCAGAGACCGGCCGAACGUUCUCGGUCGCUGCCGCUUAAUAUCUACUUUCAUUGCCACUAUUGGUGCCUGUGUUCUAUUCUACGUCUUUGCGGUACCCCAGCUAGAGAGAUUUCGGUUCCGUUCUGAAUUGAGCUGGUACGAUCUUGGAAUAUAUGGGUUCGGACCAUCGCAGAGCUACAUAUCCUUCGAUGAGGAAUCUCCAAUUGUUGAGAUAUCCCCAGCCGGUGCAAAAUGUGAUCCACGAUACACAUUUCUCGCGCCUCGAGGCGACUCGGUGGCACACCCGGGACCUAUGAUAUUGGAUGCUCGCGGUGAGCUAGUGUGGAUGAAUUACAACUGGGGUACCACGCAGGACUGCAAAGUUCAACGAUACAAAGGCCAGGACUACGUGACAUUCUGGCAAGGUGACGAAGAAGAUGGACAUGGCCGUGGCUCAUGGUACAUGCUGGACUCUACAUACACUACCAAGUACAUUGUUUCUCCCAUUGGCGCCAUGGAUGGCGAUCUUCAUGACUUUCAUAUCACCGCAAACGAUACGGCCCUUAUCACGAUUUACGACCCUAUCCCAGCAGAUUUGACAUCUGUUGGCGGCCCAGAGCUUGGAUGGCUUUACGAGGGUGUCUUCCAAGAAAUUGACAUUUCGACAGGAGAGCUCCUCUUUGAAUGGCGCUCAACCCAAUUCUUCCCGCCAAACAGCAGCUACGAGCCACUCAACGACCGGGGCUAUGAACGAACAAUGGGAUAUGACUAUUUCCAUAUGAACAGUGUCGAUAAGGAUGACCAAGGUCGCUACCUGGUAUCUGGACGGCAUACCCACUCCGUCACUUGUAUUGACGGAUUCACUGGCGGGGUACUUUGGACUUUGGGCGGAAAGGACAACGAGUUCUCCGAUGAAUCGAACGGUGUGGUUACUGGAUUCGAGUGGCAGCAUGAUGCCCGCUGGCGUGGCCCCAACCGGAUAACAUUAUUCAACAAUGCUGCCAAUGGAGACUACGACCUGCAGAAAAUCAGCUACGGCGCCCUGAUUGAACUAGACAUCCCCGCUCGACAAGCGACAUUGGUGACAAGCUACGAUCACCCCCAAGAAUUGAUGGCGACCUCUCAGGGAAAUCUACAGGUUCUCGACACAGGCAAUGUACUUGUCGGUUGGGGUCACAGUGCUGCAUACACCGAAUUUUCCCAAGAGGGAGACGUCCUAUGCGACGUUCACUAUGGCGCAUCGGCGUAUUUCUCCUUCGGCCGGAUCGUUUCAUACCGCGUUACCAAGGGUAGUUGGGUUGGUACACCGGAUACCCUGCCCGACGCAGCUGUUGCCGGUGAUAGCGUCUUUGUGAGCUGGAACGGUGCAACCGAGGUCGAAUCUUGGCGACUUGAAGCCUGGGAUGGCGCAGGGCUUGAGAAUAUGACAUUUAUCGCAGUCGAUCAAGUUGAUCGCAUCGGCUUUGAGACCGAGAUCCCAUUGCCGCCUGAAAUUACCUCCUUCUUCCGAGUCCAUGCCAUCAACGUCGAUGGGGAUAUCAUCGGUGCAACAGAAAUUCUGAAACGCGAUACCUCCUCAUCAAGAGGAAACUUCCUGACAGUCCACUGGGGCGUGAUCGUGAUUGCGAUUUUCGCCUCGGUCUGUGUCGUGUGUGGCUUGUAUUGUGCUGUGAAUCGUCAAUUACGACGCCGCGAGUCCGAUGGGAAUGGGCCGUACCGAUUGGUCACGCAUAAGGAAGAAGAUGAGAAUGAUGUUGAGAUUGAUCGUCUGCCGAUUUAG